UGUUGGAAAGAUCGAAAAAGACAAAACCCUAGAACUGUAUUUCUCUCCCUCACUACUGUCUUCCACAAAUCGAUUUCUCAGGAACAACGUUAAUGUCUCCGAGUUGUUGUGGAUGACGACGACGACCAAACUUGCUUCAAGAUCCUAGAGAAACCAUCUCCGAAACUCUUCCUACAUCGAGGUUAUGGCACAAUUGGGGGCUGGUGUGGAUGCAGAGAUGGAACAAGCUCCGUCAAACACGGCUGCCAGGAGACCUCGGAUACUGCUAGCUGCGAGUGGGAGUGUUGCUGCGAUCAAAUUUGCGAAUUUGUGCCAUUGCUUUUCUGAAUGGGCAGAAGUGAAGGCCGUCGCGUCGAAGGCUUCUCUGCACUUCAUAGAUAAAACUUCACUUCCAAAGGAUGUGGUUCUGUACACAGAUGAGGAUGAAUGGUCAACUUGGAAGAGGAUAGGUGAUAGUGUGCUGCACAUUGAGCUUCGCAGGUGGGCUGAUAUUAUGGUCAUUGCUCCUUUGUCGGCAAAUACACUUGGCAAGAUUGCUGGUGGAUUGUGCGAUAACCUGUUGACAUGCAUUGUGCGGGCAUGGGACUAUAACAAGCCACUUUUUGUGGCACCUGCCAUGAAUACAUUCAUGUGGACUAAUCCUUUCACUGAACGACAUCUUAUGGCUAUUGAUGAGCUCGGAAUUUCUCUUAUCCCACCAGUACCCAAGAGACUAGCUUGUGGAGAUUACGGGAAUGGAGCAAUGGCUGAACCUUCUCUCAUCUUUACAACCGUGAGACUCUUAUUCGAGUCCCGCUCACAAUCCGGUAGCGGCAACUCUGGAUGAACAUCUCAUGUUCAUACUACAAGUCACAAACGCUUUCUGAGAAUGAAGCUUUUGGAUCAUGAUAUGCAAACCGGGCAUUUUACCGUUGUCUUCUAGUUAGUCGGUGUGUUCCAAAUUUAUAGGUUUUAGAAUUUAGACUACUGAUGUUUACUUUAGACUUGGUAUAACAGCAGGGCAAGUGAACUUAUCGACUCUUAUUGUCUACACUCCUAAGGGAUAUAUGAAAGUCUAGCUGCCUCAAAUGAUGCUUAUUUCUACAUAUGUAAGGAGUACUGUAAUAUUAUUGAACAAAAGUUUAAAAAUUUUCAACCAGCCUUGAUUUGUCUGCUUAA